AUGGCAACCACCACCAACAAUCAAGGCGACGAACCGCAACCCACUGCCCUAGAUUGGCAAGUUCAAACCCUCACAGCAGCAAUGGAAUGUCUCACCAAGCAGAAUCAUGACCUGGAGGAACAGUUGCGCCAAAAGAACGUAGUGAUGGAUACACAAAAGGAGGACCAAGAAGGCACUAGCGUAGAGAGAAGGAACCCAGAAGGGCCGAAAGGUAGCAACACCCCCAGCAGAACCUUCCCCACCACACUGAAGGGAUCCGUAAGGAUCUGGUUCAACAGGUUAGCGCCCAACUCCAUUGGUACCUUCAAGGAGUUAAGUGCCCAGUUCGCCUCACACUUCAUUGGGGGGCACAGGUAUAAGAAGUCUAUUGCAUGCCUGAUAAACAUUAAGCAGCAGGAAGAUGAGACGCUGAGAUCCUACAUCACCCAUUUUAACAAAGAGGCUCUCUCGAUCAAUGAAGUAGACGACAAGAUACUCAUGGCUACCUUCACGAACAGACUAUGGAAGGGUAAGUUCCUGUUUUCCCUAUACAAGAACAACCCAAAAACUAUGUCAGAUAUCCUAUACAGGGCAACCAAGUACAUGAAUGCGAAAGAUGUGUUGUUGGCUAGAGAAGAGAAGCCUAAGAUGAAGGAAAGGCAUGAAGACCCACGACAGGAUAGGGGGCGGAAGAUGAUUAAGGACGAAGGAGCCCUGACGUUCCUCGGCAAGCUGAAGGGAGAUCCAAAUAAGAGAUCUAGAGACAAGUAUUGUCACUUCCACCGUGAUUACGGCCAUGACACAGCUGACUGUUACGACCUAAAGCAACAAAUUGAAGCCCUUAUCAGACAAGGAAAGCUGCAAAGGAUGGUUCAAAACAUCCAGCUGACUGGUUCCAUACCCAAGAUGGCACAGAUAGAAAACCCCAUCAUCGGAUUCUCGGAAGAAGAUGCCCGACAUCUUCACCACGCACAUGACGAUGCACUUGUAGUCAGCAUACGAGUAGGGGAUUACAACACGCACCAGGUUCUAGUCGACAAUGGCAGCUCGGUUGACAUCCUUUACUACCCAACAUUCUAG